AUGACUUCCCAUGAGCAAUCACUGCUUCUGGCGAUAUCAUGUCUACUCUUGUUGUCGCCACUAUGUGAAGGAUGGUCAUCACUCCCAUCGCCACGGACCACCAGGCCUAGGGAGCGUACUGUGGCCUUCUCUAAAUCAGCUGUUAUUGGGAAGAACAAGCUCAACAGGCCAUCCUCAUGUUUUCCAUUGCAAUGCCAAUAUCAUCAGGAUGACGACAAUGACGAUGAUUCCAAAAUAGCCCGCCAAGACAACUUGCUUCUAUCACUCGACAAGAUAAUGCGGAAACACAUUUGUAUUCCUGGAUUGAUGCUGGUUGCUUCGUUUGCGCUAUGCUUCUCACAUCCCCAAGGAGCGACCGCCAGCACAUCGGACAUGGCCGUUGGACAGAAAUAUUGGUCCAUCAUGUCCGGUUCCUCCAAAGAAGAUCGGAUUCGAGCCAAUGAGGCUUUGUUGGACUACGCUGUGGGUACCAUUGACACCCAAUAUUAUGACAAUAGCGGAGGGUAUAGAUUUACUCCCGCUGAUUUUUAUCGUCAUUGGCGGUCCUUUCGACGAAUUGCCCUCAGUGGUUCCGAAUCGGCAGAUACCUAUCGACCGAAACUUUUACAAGCGGCCAAUGCUGCACAACCAGCAUUGACACCAGCAACAAUUCCCAGAGGUGUCUCUUUGGACAAUCGAGAAGGUGCCGUACGAGGACUUCGAUGGCUCGUCAGUAACUUGAAUGAUCCCUUUAGCAAGUAUCUGACGAGAGAAGAGCUCAAGGACGAACUUAGUGUCUCUAGAGAUCAUGGAUUUCUAGGCACUGGGGCCAUUGUGGAAGCUCCAGUGGUGUUAGUGGAUUCCAUUACAGCAACACAGCGAGGAGCUAGCAGUCGAGUGGAGUCUACUACAAAUCCGCUACUUGCCCGUGCCACACAAGGUUGGAGGUUUGUGAAUGCUGCUGGUGCUCGGACCACCAAUCAAUUGCAAGCAUCCAAGAAGAAUCUUUCAACUGACAAGGUUUCUAACCUACCAGUGAUUACAGCGAUUGAACCGGAUUCUCCUGCUGAAAGAGUGGGCUUGGUGGUAGGGGAUCGAAUUGUCUCGGUAGGAACAAAGAGUUUCUUGGGCCGAACAAAACUGGAUGUCCGUCGGGCCCUCACUACUACAAGCAAUAAGUACCAAGCUUCUCAACGCACUGUCACAGAGGAUUCUACAACCUCCGUCGACUCACUUGUAGCCGACUUGGUUGUUGCCAAACCCGUUUAUGCCUUUCCGGACUCUUCCAUGAGGGACAUCGUAGUGGGAUACCGCCAGUCACACGUCCGAGUGCCCACCACGCCAAUGGACCAGAAUCCUACCUUUGAAGGAGGGGAUAGUAUGGUACAUUAUCAACUCUUGUCCUCUUUGUCUGGUUCCAUAUUCGAGGAUACCAGUGGUGGCUCUUCCACCAAGAUUGGUUACGUGCGGUUGACAAGAUUCUCCAAGGCUUCCACCAAUGCGUACCUUAAGGCAAUCGAACACUUGGAAGCCGCUGGAGCUCAAUCCUACAUUUUCGAUUUACGAAACAAUUACGGUGGAAAGUUUCAAGAUGCUUUGCUAUUGGCUUCCUCCUUGAUUCGUGAUCCACACGCAAUUUUGUGUUACACGAUGAACGCUCGAGGAGCUUUCACACCGCAUGAAGUAGAAGAAUACGCAGUGGACAAACGGUACCCCGGAUACCUACUUUCGCGAGAGGCAAGUAGCGUCACCUUGGAUCAAUUGCACUGGGAAAAACCCAAAAUGUUCCUACCGAAUGGUCAAGUAGAUUGGGAUCCACCAAGUAGCUAUGCAUCCGUUCACGAACAGGUCGCCAAACGAGGGAUUCAUCGAGUAUCCUAUUACGAAAAUAUGAAUCCCACUACUAAGAAUCAACUAAAGGCUCAAAAGAACCUUGUCUUGUUGAUCAAUGAAGGCACGGCAUCGUCAGCCGAAGUCUUUGCCGCUGCCCUUCGAGACAAUUACCGAACCGUGGCACUGGUCGGUACCAAGACCUACGGCAAGGGUUUGAUUCAGCACACCUUUCCAACUCCCGACGGUGGUGGUCUCCGAUUGACCAUUGCCGAAUACCUCACUCCGAACCUGCAACAUGUAACCCACGUGGGUGGGGCCAAGUACGAUCGUGAUACGGGUGAAUUCUUGGGUGGAGGAUUGAAACCUGACAUUCUCUGCGAAUCGCGACAAGGGAUUCCUGGAAAUAAACGUGGUGAUUUGUGCAUUGGCAUUGCAUUGGAUGUAUUGGAAGAAGCAGCCGCCAAUACUAAUACUGAUAAUGGUUGGCCCAGUAAUACAAAUGAUGGAAAGCAAGGCAAAGAAAUGUCAAAUGACGAGUUUUGGUGGUAA